AUGACGGAUACUACAGCCCCAAUUGAGCUUCCUGUCAUUGACAUCUCCAAUCCCCGUGACCCCGCCGUGGGGAAGGCCAUGCUGGAUGCCGCCACAAAGUAUGGCUUUCUUUAUGUCAACAGCAAGGGAACCGAUUUCACUGUGGAGGAUGUGGACUGUGGAUUCGGAUUGAAUCGUGGCUGGUCCGGAAUGCAUACGGAAACCCUCGACCCCGAGCAUCAGCGGACCGGUGACUUCAAAGAAGCCAUGAACUUCGGCGACUUCAAAGACGGCAAAGCCCAGCAGCCUCUGCCACCGUCACUAACCCCCCACGAAGCGGAGAUCAACGGCUUUGCCGAACUCUGCAACAAAACUUGCACCCGAAUUCUGACUCUGCUAGCUUUAGGACUAGAGAUCCAAGAAGACUUCUUCACAACCCGUCAUGACCCAAGCACAGGCCCGACAGGCAGCAUCCUACGGUACCUGUAUUACCCAUCGAUCUUCUCGCCAACAACAGCAGCCUACAAGCAUGAUAAGGACGUGCGAGCCGGCGCGCACUCCGACUACGGCAGCGUCACGCUUCUCUUCCAGCGGCCGGGCCAGCCAGGUCUAGAGAUCCUGACUCCGGAAGGCAACUGGGCGCCCGUUCCCAUCGUGCCCGGCACUGCAGCCGAGGCCGAGGGGUAUCCGUUCCCGCCUAUCUUGGUGAACAUCGGCGAUUUGCUGAGUUACUGGACGGAUGGGCUGCUGAAGUCGACGGUGCACCGUGUUGUCUUCCCGCUUUCUGAGCAGCGCAGCCCGAAUCCGCAGGAUCGGUAUACGCUGGUAUAUUUCUGUCAUCCUAUUGAUGAGACGGAGUUGGUGCCUGUUCCUAGUGGGAUUGUUGCUGCGCAUCGUGAGCGGACUGGGGGUGUUCCUGCUGAAGGGAAGGUUGGGUUUGGGGGUGGCGCGGGCCAUUUGGUGCCUGGGAAAAGGCCUUUGACGGCGCAUGAACAUCUUAUGUCCAGGCUGGAGGCUACCUAUGGGUUUACUAAGGAGAAGUGA